GCAAGAGCAAGUGAAUGAGUGAGUGAGCGAGCAGAGGAAAUAGUCAAUCUGUGUCCCUCACUCCUGUGAGCCUGCCUCCUCCCUCCGGGACUGCACACGGAAACAAUCACCAAAAUGAAGACUGCUUUCAUUUUGCUCAGCAUUUUGGGAAUGGCCUGUGCUCUCUCAAUGAAAAAUUUGCAUCGAAGAGCCAAAUUAGAGGAUUCUGAAGAAAAUGGGGUCUAUAAGUACAGGCCACAAUAUUCUCUUUACAAGCAUGCCUACUUUUAUCCUCCUCUAAAACGAUUUCCAGUUCAGACCAGUAGUGAUUCCUCUGAAGAAAAUGGAGAUGGUGAUAGCUCAGAAGAGGAGGAGGAAGAAGAGGAGACUUCAAAUGAAGAAGGAAACAAUGGAGAGAAUGAAGAUUCUGAAGGAAACGAAGAUGAAGAAUCGGACGCUGAGAACACCACCCUGUCUACGAUCACACCUGGCUAUGGAGAGGAGCCCACUCCUGGAAUGGGAAAUAUAGGUCUAGCUGCGAUCCAGCUUCCAAAGAAGGCUGGGGACAAAGGAAACAAAGGUACAAAAGAAGAGGAAAGUGAUGAAGAAGAGGAAGAGGAAGAAGAUGAAAAUGAAGAAAAUGAAGCAGAAGUGGAUGAAAAUGGGCAAGGCAUCAACGGCACCAGCUCCAACAGCACGGAGGCAGAAAAUGGCCAUGGCAGCAGUGGUGGAGACAACGGAGAAGAGGAAGGUGAAGAAGAAGCCAAUGCAGAAGGAACCGCAGUGCCUGCAGAGCAGGACAAUGCUGGCUCUAAGACAACCACCUCUCCAAAUGGAGGGUUUGCACCUACAACUCCACCACAGGAGGUCUACAGGACCACCACCACUGCGUAUGAGGGGGAGUAUGAACAAACAGGCACCAAUGAGUAUGACAAUGGAUACGAAGUCUAUGAAAAUGAGAAUGGGGAACCUCGUGGGGACAAUUACCGAGCCUAUGAGGAUGAGUACAGCUACUAUAAGGGGCGUAGCUAUGACGGCUAUGAUGGUCAAGAUUACUACCACCAAUGAAGGCCCAGCCUGGGAUGAAUUCAUCCAUUCUAGUGUUUCAUGUGGCUAUUGUUUUCAAAGUUCAACUCAGGAAGGUGCAAUAUAACAAAUGUGCAUAUUAUAAUGUGGAAUGGUGCUACUGUUCCAAAGUGAUUUUCUGUAAUUGCUUCUGCAAGUAACGGGCUUCUCGUUGCUUCUCCCUGGUGUGUUAUUGAAAGGUCACUGUAAAUCAGGGCCAUUUAUCAAGUGAGUGGUAAACCAGUCCAUGAAAUUGAAUUCGACUGAAUGUUUUGAGGUCGUAGUUCUAUAAAUAGUAUUUUUAACAUGUUUGUACUAUUACUAACUGCUAAAACAUACUCUUUGUGCAAGAAGUGCUUCUAAGAAGAGAGUCAUUGACAUUAAUGACACUGUAUACAAUAAGUGUGUAGUUCUUUAAUCACACUGCCUAUCCAACACUGUAUAUUAGAUUUGUCAUCCUUAUGUAUUUUUAUGUGACCUGUAUGUAUAUUCUAUCUAUGGGUUUUAUCACAAAUAAAAUUGCAAUCCUUCAAA